CCCUCUGUCUCCAGCACCAAUGGAACAAUUUCACCUCUUCCCAAAGCUGCCCGUCAAAGUUCGACACAUGAUUUAGGGAUUCGUGCCGCGGCCGGCGCGCAUCAUCACGCAGCUGCCCUGCAUCGAAUGCGUCAAUGCCAGACACGGGUCUCAUUCUCGGUGGGUUUCGGCGCAGCACCAUGUCAACCAAGAUCGGAACUCUUUGGGCCUCUAGCAGCCUGCACCGAGUCCCGGAACGUGUGGAUGGGGCACUACGAGCACAUACGCGGUUAUAUCGACAUGCAAGACGAGCCCGGCAUCGGCACAAACGGGCGCACCAAUGUCCCCCACAACAUUUACGUUGAUUUGGAGUACAUCUGCUACGAGACCGAUAUCUUUACCGUCUUCAAGACCUGGAACCCCGGGCACACGGGGGAUUACCCGCAACCCGAGACCUUCACCGAAUCCUGGGACCCCUUUUUUGGUCUCGACCGCAGCCGAAUCCAGCACGCAGGCUUGCGGCUGUGGUGCACGGGUGAAACGUUUAACGAUGCCGUUGCGAAAUUCGAUAUCGGGGAACUCCCUGCGCUGCGCACCCUGUCCCUGAUCACGUUGGGUCCCGACCCGGGCUUGGAGCAGGGUCCCAGACCCGGUUGGGUGCGGAUGAGUCCGUUGGCCCUCCAGCGAGAUUUCUACUUUGAGCUGCGAGACAUCUCCCUGACCCAGCUUCAGCGCCAUCCAAUGUUCAGCGAGCCCAUCAUCGGCAAGCGCAACACUACCGCGGACCUUGAUACCCCGUUCAGCCAUCUCAUCCCGUGGGCCAAGGCAUGGCUGUGGCCUUUUGAAUACACGGGGUGGAAUAACACGUCCAAGGAAAUGCUCGAGGAUGUGAAUAGCCUGCACUGGGACUCGCGGUUCGAGGUCAAACUCAAAUUCUUGUGCGAGAAGCAAUGGCUGGCAGAUCUGGAAAGGGUCGGCCUAUUCGACGACAACAGAACCAACGCUAGAGACUUUGAUGCCUUCUACAAGCUACGGAAGGAAGAGAUGGAUCGUCGGUUAUUGGCUGCAGCACGAGGCAUAAUCCGAGCAAUCCUGGCUAGGAGAAUGGGGCUAAACUAG